AUCAUCGCCAACCUCAUUUUCUUUCCCAUUUCCAUCCCCCUUUCCAUCGAUAAUUCUCUAUAAUCCCCUUAUUCCCAUCGAGCAUCCAUCUCUCAGCAAAAUGGGCGUCAGCGGGGAGCCCACGGGCACGCCCGACCCUGUCGACAAGGGUUUCGCCACCCUCAAUACCGUCCGGAUCGGUGUUAAAGCUAUGGUGCAGAAGGAUGGCGAAUUGAGAAAGGCGGAGAUCUUGUCGAUUCGACAGCGGAAGGAUGGUCCUAGUUUUUAUGUUCACUAUGUGGACUUCAAUAAGCGUCUUGAUGGCCCCAGCAAGAACACACAGAAGCGUCCCCGAGCCGGGAGCCGUGAAGUGUCCGCCACUCCUGAUCGUCUCACCGGCAAGAACGUCAACAUCGGGAAAGUCCAGCGUCCGUCCAAAGCGGGCGGAAAGGAGAACCGCGGCGAUGAGACUCCGCGCCUCUCCAUCGGUGGCUCGGAAGCCGUCUCCUCAGACGGGACCCCCAAACCAGAGUCCGACGACGUCGACAUGAUCGACAUUGGCUUCUCCGAGACCAAAGCCGAAAAGGAACAGAGCAAGAUGUCCCGCGAGCAGGAGCUCGAGCGGCUCCGAACAAGCGGUAGCAUGACACAGAACCCCACAGAAAUCCACCGCGUCCGCAACCUGAACCGUCUCCAAAUGGGCAAGUUCGACAUCGAGCCGUGGUACUUCUCUCCUUACCCAGCCUCCUACUCCGACGUCGACAUGGUCUACAUCGACGAGUUCUGCCUCAGCUACUUCGACAGCCGCCGUGCCUUCGAGCGCCACCGCGCAAAAUGCACGCUCGUCCACCCGCCCGGCAACGAGAUCUACCGCGACGACAACAUCUCCUUCUUUGAGGUCGACGGCCGUCGCCAGCGCACCUGGUGUCGCAACCUCUGUCUUCUCAGCAAGCUCUUCCUAGACCACAAGACCCUUUACUACGACGUCGACCCCUUCCUCUUCUACUGCAUGUGCACCCGUGACGAAACAGGCUGCCAUCUCGUCGGAUACUUCUCCAAGGAGAAGGACUCCGCGGAGGGGUAUAACCUCGCUUGUAUCCUCACGUUGCCACAGUACCAGCGCCGUGGAUUCGGCCGCCUGCUCAUCUCCUUCAGCUACGAGCUCAGCAAGCGGGAGGGCAGACUCGGCUCGCCCGAGAAACCGCUCAGUGAUUUGGGCUUGCUGGGUUACCGACAGUAUUGGCGGGAGACGCUCGUGGAACUGCUUAUUGAACCCCACCGGGAAGCGUUCAGCGAGAAUGAACUCGCUACGAUGACUUCCAUGACGGAGAAGGAUGUCCACGAGACACUUGUCGUUUUUAAUAUGCUGAGAUAUCACGUAUUUCCUCCCCCAACCCUUUCUUUCCCUUUUUUUCUGUUGUCAAUCAACAAGAAUCCAAACUAACACCCCACAGAAAGGAAACUGGGUCAUAGUCCUCACAGACCAAGUCGUCGAAGAGCACAAGAAACGCCUCGAAAAAGAGAAAAUCAAAGGCAAGCGCAGCAUUGAUCCUGCACGAUUGCAGUGGAAACCGC